AUUGUGGUUUCAUACAGUUUACCGUGAUUUGCAGUACGAAAGCCUGCUCACCUUAUCCUCACCAAUAAACAACAGAUAUCCUUGGUCAUGUCCUAUUACUGAUUCUCUCCAGUUCAAUAUCUGAACGACCGCUUAUGCAGCUGUGCUAAUUGUCGAACUCGACACUUUGAGUUGCUAAACUAAUGCCGCAUGCUCCUCCGAUUCAGACCCAAGCUGCCGUUCCAGUUUUUCCCCACGAUUACCAGUUCGCCCCAGCCAUACCUGCGGGAGCGAGUGCGUCAUAAGCGCUUUACGCUUUGGGAGCCUUUUGUUCAUCCCUGACAGCUCUGCGAAACCUCGCACCAACAGACGUCCAAUCUUGACUCGCGCAUCUACGGCUGGCAGUGCUACAGGCAAUGCGGAAGGCACCGAUGGACGUCGCGAGUAAACGCCACUUCGCCUAUCAGGCGUGGUAUUGCGGCUGUCUCCUGGUUACCUUCAGACACUCUGUCCGCUGCACCGCUCGGAGACUCUGUUAUUGUGCUUCACGGUCAGAUGGCAUUCGGAAAUAGCCCUCCCAUUCCUGCAAUAUAUAGCGAUGCUUCUGGGAAAUCGACUUUCCAACCCGACUUCUCCGCGCCUCUACGAUGAUGGUCACACUGACUGAUGAAUAUCCUCUGCCACAAGGAGUAGUUAGACUGCCAAUCGAGCUCUGCGAGCAAGUUAUCGACUACGUCGCCGGGUACUACGACCUCGACCAGAGCAUCAAGACGCUACUCGCAUGUGCGUUGACAUGCCGCUUCUGGGUACCAAGAGUCCGCCGGCAUCUCUACCGCUUCGCAGUCGUCGCAAAGACGAAAGAGCAGUUCGCCUCCCUACUCAAGCGCAUGGAAACCCAACCCGGCUUUCGCGAUAUACGCGUCCUCGACGUCGGGUACGACCGCGACCCCAUCCAAGCGCACGCGCAGACGUGGAUGUCCACCGUGCCCGACCCGCUCACCCGCGGCCUCGUGCACGUCCGCUGCCUCCGCCUCGCAUGCGUCCCGCCCAUUGUGCACCGGAGCUUCUACGUCAUGCUCGCGCACUUCCGUGCGCUGACUGGGGUGUUGCUGUACGGCUGCCACUUCGAGCGGUUCACGGACUUCGCGCGGCUCGUCCUCAGCUUCCGGACGCUCUCGCAGCUCUACCUGUCCAAAGUCGAUUGGCCCGCCUCGUCCAAGGCCCGCCGGGGCGUGCGGGCGUGCAAGGGCAUGGUGCGCAUGCCCCGACUGCGCCUCGAGAUCCUGAACAUGACCCUCAGCGCGCCCUAUGUCGUGGCGGACGCCAUGAACUGGCUCCUGCACACCUCUUCCGGCAGCACACUGCACACCGUCUCCAUCGACUUCCCCGCUGUCGAACCUCAGGCCCUAGUCCCCAAUGCCGCCGCGCAGCUCAUACGUGCCUGCGGGCCGACCCUCAGGAGUUUAAGGCUACGGUUUGACAGUGUUAAGGACGCUGCGGAGUGUGCACACAUUCUUCGUGAGUGGGCUAUACUUCCCGCCCUUAGGUGA